CUGCGCUAUGACGUUCAUGUUCACGCCCAUUCCGGAAGUCGCUGGGGAUUUUUGGCGUUGUUGUUUACAACGUGUAUUUCCGGGUUCCUGAACUAAGUGGUCAAAAUGCAGGAAGACGAAUUGGAGCGGAAAGCUGUAGAAGAGCUUCUCAAAGAAGCAAAACGUGGCAAGAUCCGAGCUGAAACCAUGGGACCAAUGGGCUGGAUGAAAUGCCCUCUUGCCCCCACCAAUAAACGUUUUUUGAUUAACACGAUCAAGAAUACAUCACCAGCAAAGAGGGAAAAAGCCAGCAGUAUAAAAAAUGAGCAGAAGGAAUCAGAGGAGCGUGGCAGUGAGAAAGGACAUUCAAGGAAGCGUAGGACACAUCCUUAUAAGAGCAGUACCCAUUCCCGGAAGGAGAAAAGCCACUCUCCACCUCAUAGCAAGAUCAACAAGGAAAAGUGAUGCAAGGACAGUACUGAGAGGAAAAAACUGAAAAAAGUGUUGGAAGGUGAACAGCCCCUAUAACAUGUCACUAAUUAUUCAACUUGGCUGUGCACCAUGAUGUACCGGAGUCUGGUUUUGAGGCCAGUGCACACAACAAAUUGUGCGCUCAGGUCAGAAGUAAUAUUUUCACACUAAAUUCUUUGUGCGCACCACUAUUUUUUAAACUGCGCACGCAAAUUUAAAAUUUAAAAACAAAAGAUUUUUUUUUGUGCACAUAGCUGUGAAGGAAUUAGAGAAUUAGAGGGAACAUUGUGGGUAGGGACACACUUCCGUCAAUAAAUUUGCCUAUGACUGUUGCAUCCAUGUAACUGUUUUACUGCCAGGAAUCCCUUUCACCAAUUUACUUUAUCAGUCUUCCGGAUAGCUGCCAUUGAAAUUACAGAAACCUUGGACUGUAAGAUCUGAUUUGCACAUGAGCUUUUUACCAUGUUUCCUUGGAUCUAAUCUGGGUAAAAUGUUUAGGACAGAUGAUUCCGUCGAAUUAAUUCUGUGUUGGUUGGCUUGUCAUGUUAAAUGGCAUCUGAGAAAAUUUUUUGUAAACCACAAACUUAUAGAACCCCCAGAAAAACAGGCAUUUUUGUUAAAGCAGAUGUGUUAAAGAGACCUAGAUCUUACAAUUCUUAGGGUGGCCAUAGACUCAAAGAUCCACUCAUUUGGCGACAUCGCCAAACGAGCGGAUCUUUCCCUGAUAUGCCACUAACGGCAUGACUAUAUCGGGGGUAAUUCGAACGAUCGAAUUACGAUGCGCCAAGGGGCUCCGGCGGGUCGGUCGGUUAAAAAUCAAACCUUCCCGAUCGAUAUCGUGGCCAGAUAUCGAUCGGAAGACCCGUCAGAAGCCCCCAUACAUGGGCAGAUAAGCUGUCAGAUUGGUCCAAACGACCGAUAUCGGCAGCUUUAUCUGCCCGUGUAUGGCCACCUUAAGUUAGAUCUUUUAUUAAGCAGAUUUUGUUAGGCCAAUGUUUUGUGUGCAUAACAUACAUGGAACAUUAUUGUUUGCAAAUCCCCUUAGUUUCGAUUGUUGCGUUUAGGAUAUAUCAUAUCAGCAGCAGCACAGAACUUCAUUUGUUGUCUGUUUAGGGAAAUCACAGGUCUGUUCAAUGCUAUCCGUGUUAUGUGGAACCAUUUCAGACUGUGUUUCUUAUUAGCCCACAUAUUCACAAAUAACCCAUCUUCGUCCCCAGUAAGAAUUGCCUGAAACCACUUGCAGGAGCAUUUUUCGGUGCCUCUAAUGGGAAAUAUGGGCAUUUUGGCCCUGUGUGAGCUACUAAAAAUGUGAUGGGCAAAGCACCCAAAAUCAGUGUUAUUAUUCAGGGAUGGCGCUACCUCUUUAUUCUGUGACCUAAAACUUGUUUGUUUGUUUGUACUGAUUUGUCUCUUAAGCUCAGUCACUGAUGGAGACUACUAAAUCUUUGCUACUAA